AUGGAUACCCUUGACAGAGACCUCAUCCGUGCUGAGGUGGAUGCAAAUGCGAACCGACCCGACACGCUGUCACACAUAGCUACAUAUGGACCCGAUAUCGAGAGAGACUGGGCCCAUGAUGAAUCAAGACCACACCGGACCACGACCCAUGGAGAUCUAACAAACAUCAGUACAUACACCACUCAUAGGUCACAACGCUCACGUCUGGGACUCGACCCCAUCGAGUUGGACAGAAUUAGUCGGCAAAGAACCCAGCAUCAGGAAACCGUGGGGCGACCUGCAGGUUCAAGACGAAGAUCAACAGCUACCCUCAGAACGGUCACGACACUGGGAGCAGGGAAGCCAUUGCCUCCGUCAGACAAUAGGGAGGAAUUCGUGGUAGAAUUCGAGGGAGUGGACGAUCCGGAACAUCCACUGAAUUGGCCCUUCAGCAGAAAGGUCGUUAUGUCGCUGAUUCUCUCAUACAUCACUUUCAGUGCAUCUUUUGGCUCGGCCAUCUUUUCCCCUGCCGUCGGUCAAGUGUCCCACCACUUUCACGUCAGCACCGAGGUCGGUGUGCUCGGUGUGUCCCUGUACGUCCUCGGGUUCGCAUUCGGCCCCAUUCUCUGGGGACCGCUGUCCGAGAUCCUGGGCCGCAAACAACCUCUUGUCGUCGCCAUGUUCGGGUUCAGCAUCUUCGCCCUCGCAGCCGCCACAUCGAAAGAUUAUCAAACGCUCAUGCUGUCGCGCUUCUUUAGCGGUUUCUUCUCUGCCGGCCCGCUCGCCGUCGUCCCAGCCUGCUUCGCUGACAUGUUCGACGACAGCCAGCGCGGGAUCGCCAUCACUGCAUUCGCCAUGGCAGUAUUCUGCGGGCCCUUUGCAAGUCCCUUCACAGGCGGCUUCAUUACCCAGAGCUACCUCGGCUGGCGCUGGACGAUGUACAUUGUCAGUAUCAUGGGUUGGUUGGGCACCGGACUCACACUGUUCCUUCACGAGAGUUAUGCCCCGACUAUCCUAGUCGGCAAGGCCGGUCGGAUUCGUCGCGAAAGCAAAAACUUUGCCAUCCACGCGAAACAAGAAGAGAUCGAAGUCGACAUGGCAGAGCUGAUCAACCACAACUUCAUGCGGCCGAUCAGGAUGCUCUGCACUGAGCCCAUCGUCUUCCUCAUCACGCUAUACAUGAGCUUCAUUUACGGUCUGAUGUACCUGUUUCUCGGCGCAUACCCGCUCGUCUUUCAGAAAGUCAGAGGCAUGAACCUGGGUGUUGGCGGUCUACCAUUCAUCGCCUUGAUUCUCGGUCAAAUUUGUGGUGGUGUGUACAUCAUGAUUGACCAGACACAAUACAAGAAGAAACUGGCCAGGAAUCAUGGCGUGCAAGUUCCAGAGUGGCGUCUACCUCCCGUCAUUAUAGGAGCAGUGUGUUUCAGUAUUGGGUUGUUCUGGUUCGGCUGGACCGGCUUCUCCAAGGACAUUCACUGGCUUGCGCCGACUGCCAGUGGGGUUGUAACAGGUUUUGGCAUUCUUUGUAUCUUUUUACAAUGCUUCAAUUACCUCAUUGACACUUAUCUCAUGUUUGCCGCCUCAGCUAUUGCAGCAAACUCGCUUCUCCGGUCCUUCUUUGGAGCCGGUUUUCCUCUUUUUGCCGACCAGAUGUUUGACAAUUUGGGAAUUCAGUGGGCUGGUACGCUGCUGGGGUGUCUUGCGGCCGUCAUGAUUCCCAUCCCCGUGGUGUUUUACUUUUACGGCCCCAAGAUUAGAGCCUUGAGCAAUAUGAAUCGACAAUCGCAUUCUGAAGAACCCACGAAUGACGAGACGGGCGAGGACAAGGUGUGA